AUGCCUUCCUCCUCCUCUUCAUCCGUCCGUGUCCGGCAGAGGAAGCUCCCGGGGGCCGAGAGCUUGGUCUCUUUGCUGCUCAGUCAGAACGAGGUCGACGCGCUCUGUGAGAAGCACGGCGUCCCCAAGGAGUUCAAGGCGCGCCCUGCCGGCCACCUGCGCCUGAACUCGGUGCCGCCGCCGGGGGCCGUCUGCGUGUACGCGCACGCGCUAAUGGCCGGUAUGCGCGUCCCGCUGCACGGCUUCUUCUGCCAGGUGCUCGCCCACUUCGGCAUUGCGCCGGCCCAGCUCACGCCCAACGGGUGGCGCAUCAUGGCGGGCUUCCUCGCGCUCUGCCAGUCCGCCGGCGUGCCGCCGUCGCUCGCGGUGUUCCGGCACUUCUUCACGGUGUCCAUCGUCAACCACAAGGAAAAAGGCUGGUACUUUUUCCGAUCCAAGGACAACUCCGGCUUGCGCUUCGCGGGACUGCCGACUCCCAGAUCGGACUGGAGAAAAUUCUUCUUCUUCCUCUCGUCGACGGAGCCGUGGCCUUGCCCGGUGGAGUGGGGCGAGCCGUCCAAGACAUCUUUCGUGGAGCCAUUGCUCACGGAGGAGGAGCGUCUGUGGGCGAGCAAGCUGUUGACUGUAAGUGCACAUCGAAAUACAUGUAAUUCCCGUUUUGUCGACCCUGCCUGAUGUGGUUGUUGUGUGCCAGGCAUUGAUCCCCAAAUCUACGACAUGGUGAAGACUAUGUAUGCCGAGAAGGCAGCCGCGCAGUCCGCAAAGAAGGUGAAAGCCCAGCCGGGCAGUGAAGCGCCGGUGUUGCCCCCUUUGUGCGGGGAGAAGAAGGGUCCGGAGGAAGCCAACGACGGCGAGGAAAGUCCGCCUCUCACUGUGGUGACCGGCGUGUUUUCCCCGCCGCCGGGCUUCUCCGGCAGGCACGACCGUGACAACACGGACUGGGAGGCUGCGCGGGAUCUUCUGCACGGUGCCAUCACGCCGUCGCAGAAGCGCGCGUUCGCGGCGGCGGAACCUUCCGGCAUCGUCGCGUCGAGCUAUGUUGCGUUUCUGGAGGCCACGAACUACGCGUCGUCCUCCUCCCGCUCCGCGCUAGCGCUGGAGAAGAAGCUGUUGGAGCGGGACGCGGAGAUCGCCGCGCUACGGGAGGAGCUGGAGGAGACGGACCGCGACCUCGCCGCGGCGAAGCGGGCGGAGGAGACGGAGCGGGGGAAUGCAGAGGCGACGGAGGCGAUCCAGCAGCUCCUGGGGUCAGAGGAGCGCGUGCGGCGGCGCGCGGAGGACGCGCUGGAGGGGUACAAGCGCUGGAAGGAUGCACGAGCGGCACCUUGUCGCGCUCUGCCUGGGUCGUGCGGUCGUGCCGAUUGA